AUGCACUGUUCUCAAAAUAACAAAUUGGAAAAUGUUGACGAAAAGUUACUUCGCCAAAUACCAACUGUUGAUAAAAUCGGAUCAGAUAAAGACAAAACCGAAAUUCCGAGAAAAACACUCACUGAAAAAUUAAAAUGUUUGAGAUCUAACAUAACUGUGGAACCCAUUAUGGCUGGUAUGAUCUUACCGGCGGCUCUGGGAAAACUCGCGACCCAAAAUUUAAAUUUGGCUAAAGCUUGUCUCGUGAAACUAAAUUAUGGCCCCGAAAUAUGUAAUCCUUUAAUCGAUAAGAAUGGCAGCAACUUGAUUGAAUACGAGCGAGAAGUGCAGAAGGUAAUUUCAUCGGUAGAAACAUGGAGAAGCAUAAUUCACACCGCCUUGCCAACGCUCGUUGUCAUGUUCAUGGGGGCCUGGAGCGACAGAACUGGCAACCGAAAAAUCUGCAUGUUGCUUCCUAUUUUCGGAGACUUACUCAUGACUGUAAGCAAUAUAGUGAGCAGUAUUCUCUUCUAUGAGAUCCCCGUAGAAGUUACGAUGCUCCUAGAAGUAUUAUUCCCGGCUAUUACCGGGGGUUACGUAACGUCGUUUAUUGGAGUUUUUAGCUAUAUUAGCGACAUUUCUACUCCAGAGACUAGAACGUUUCGUAUUGGCAUGGUGAACUUGUGCCUAACAACCGGGAUACUCAUAGGAACUAGUUUGAGUGGACUCCUACUGAAAUAUUGUGGUUAUGUGGGUACAUUCGUAAUAUCUGGCUGUUUAUAUUUAAUGACAAUGAUAUACGGAUAUGUUUGUUUAAAAAGUAAUACAAAUCCCGCUAAAGUGGAUAUCAAAAAGUUCAAGUUUUCAGAGUUGCUGUCUCUGCAAAAAGAUACCAUAUCUGUCGUCACCAAGAAAAGGCAGGGUGACGUAAAAUUGAUGAUUACCCUGCACUUAUUAGUUGUUGCUAUUCUUUUUGGAGCCGGCCACGGGGAACACAUAAUUACUUACCUAUUUGUACGAUAUCGCCUCAAUUGGGAUGCAGUCAAAUACAGCAUGUAUUCGACAUACAGUCACAUAUUGCAUGCAGUGGCUGUUUUUUUGUCAAUAAGCAUAUUGAGCAAGCGAUGGGGCGUGGAUGACCCCGUGCUCUGUCUCAUUUCAGUUACGAGCAAACUCAUGGGUUUUAUUUACAUUAAUUUCGUCCGAACUGAUUUUCAAAUGUAUUUAGGCAAAAUGAAUUCUUUAUUCAGUUUAAUGGAGGCCCUGUCUGCGCUCGUGUUCGACCCGUUGUAUGCGACCAUAUACGCCCAGACUGUGAAGCAAUUUACAAGCGCGGUGUAUGUGUUUAGUGCUGGAAUGACAGUGCCCCCUAUUAUCAUGUUAAUAUGGUUUAUAAUUAGGAACCGUUACAAGCAAAAGCAUCGACCUGUUGAACUAGAGAACUUGCCAAAUGAAUCCGAUCUUCCUGCCUAGCUAAGUGGACAUGGGUAAUAUUUUCAGAUAAUAAAGCCAAUCUGUAAUGUAAAUGUAACAAAAAUUAAUGAUA